AUGCAUCAAAUCUUUAUAGCUAUCUGCUGUAUCCUCUACACAGUUGCAAAUCUAUCGACAUGCUACCUGUAUCUCUACCCGCUUCUCAAAGGCUGCAGCUUCCCGACUCCACCCGCCCAACAGGACGCCCAGACCUCCAAUAGCUACAUCGCAGGCCAAGUCCCACCUUUCCGUCUCCUUGUACUCGGAGACCCCCAGUUAGAGGGUGACUCGUCCCUCCACGAAACCACCAAUGGCUCCUUUCCCAGUCUCGAGAAUGUCUGGUCAGACAUAAAGACCGGCAGAACCCGAGAGGAGCGGUCGGACAUAUUCCUGGCACACUGGCGAGAUCUUAUCUACACGGACAUACCGCGCCUUUUCCAGUCCUACCGCAAGCGAUUAGACCUCUUCGGCAAUGACUACUACCUCGCCCACAUCUACCGCUCGCUGCACUGGUCUACGCACCCGACACAUGUCGCUGUGCUGGGAGACUUGAUUGGGAGUCAAUGGGUCACUGAUGAGGAAUUCGAGCGACGGGGGACGCGAUAUUGGAAGAGGGUGUUUAAUGGUGGCACCAGGGUUGAGGACGAGCUCACCGACAAAGUUCGUACUGAGAUCAUCGGUCUGGAUGAGAAAUGGGUGAAUAGGGUCAUCAAUGUGGCUGGAAACCAUGACAUCGGAUACGCUGGUGAUAUCACUUCGGACAGGCUUCAAAGGUUUGAGAGGGUCUUUGGCAAGGUGAACUGGGAGACAAGAUUGAGGCUGCCUUUUCCUGAGGAGGAAGGUCAAGAAGUACCUGAGUUGAGGCUCAUUGUGCUCAAUUCGCUGAACCUCGACCCGCCAGCGCUCGACUCAAGUAUUCAAGCCGACACCUAUAAGUUCAUGAACGACGUCAUCUCGUCUUCGCGGCCUGUCGAGGACAAGACCAGUGGGACCAUCCUACUCACCCAUCUACCGCUCUACAAAGAAGCUGGCGUGUGCGUGGACGGGCCUUACUUCACCUAUCACCAGGAACAGUACGGUGCUGGGGUCAAGGAGCAAAAUCAUCUCAGCUACGAUGCAAGUAUGAACAUACUGGAGGGAAUCUACGGCAUGAGUGGGAACCUAGAAGCUCCUGGCAAUGGCUUUGGCAGAAAGGGCAUAAUAUUGACCGGCCACGAUCACGAAGGCUGCGGCGUCUACCAUUACCUACCUGAGCAUGAGGAUUUCGCGUCGAGAGCUUGGGCUGCGGAAAAUUGGAACACGACAAGCUUUUCUCGACACGGUGCCGUUCCAGGUAUCCCUGAAAUUACGGUCCGAAGCAUGAUGGGCGACUUUGGUGGAAAUGCUGGCUUGCUGAGCGCCUGGUUCGACCCCAACGUCAAAGAAUGGAAGUUUCAGUACUCGACAUGCGCUUUGGGAUCACAGCAUAUUUGGUGGGCAGUACAUGUCUUGGAUAUGAUUACUGUUGUGUAUUUGGGUAUCGUGGGCUGGAGACUAUAUGUACAAAACGGCAUCGUUGGAUGGAGCCUAUACACAGCUCGAGAGAAUGGGGAUGCUAAGGAGAAGACGCUGUGA